AUGAGCCAUGAGCCAUCGCGUCAGUCGGCCAUGAGCCAUCGGGUGAGCUCGGCCAGCACCUGCUCGAAUGGCAAGACGCUGGCAGAGAGGCGCCCGAAGUCAGGGCGCCAGAGCACGCAACGCGCGACCACAGAGCGCGCGGACACGGGCCGCUCGCAAACGCAUUCGCGCGCGGUCACGCCAGGCGAGGACCUUCACACCCGCAUCGGAGCCGAGAGAUGGUGCAUCACGAGAGCUGACCUGAGCCGGCUGCGCCGGGACGUGAGAACAGCGGUCGCGCAAGGAAAGAUCCGGAGCACGACAAACGAUCCGUUCGACCCUGAGGACACCAAAGUUGGCCCAAACAUAUACACAGUCGUCGAUCAGUUGAUAAAGCCCAUGACGGAUGUCGAUGGACCUUCUGGCGGGGCCAGCUAUGCUCUCACGCAUCACCCUGAUGGCAUCGAUUGCGAGGUAUUUAUCACACAUGCGUGGUGUGAAGGCGUUUACGAGUUCAUUGAUAAAGUUCUCGCGUCCUGGCCUUGGGGCAAACGUUCUGCUUACGCUUGUAUGCUGUCCAACCCUCAAAACGGCGAUUUCCUCGCAAGCAUGAUAUCGGACCCUUCGUCAUCGCCAUUCGCCCGUGCGUUGUCACACGCUACCCACGUGAUUGCGGUGCCAAACCAGACCGUCGGUAUCUACACCCGUCUAUGGUGUUGCUACGAGGCUUAUCUUGCUUACGUUUGGGAUAAGGAAAUCUUUACUGCGUGGACGCCGGUGGGGACCAAAAGAGGAUUGAAAACCGUAGGUGGCCCAUUCUUGGUGACGGUUGUCACUGCGGCUCUGGGCAUGGUCUGUGUGACUGAUGGAAUGUUGCGCUCGGACUUGAUAGGAAAAGUGAUUUGGUGGGGCACCAUGCCUGCGUUAACGAUCUCUCUUGUGCACGCCUCGCUUUCAGCACCAGGCCUGCGACGCACCGUGUCCAUUUACAUGUCCUCCGUGCUUGUGGCGUUCAACGGAUGCGCGAUAGUUCGGCGCCAAUGGAUUCCCAACUUUCCAUUGGAAGGUACUCUGUCCAGCACAGCACUUGUAACAACUAUCGGUUGGAUCUGGGUAUCAAUCGUGCCCAUCCUCUUGGCGAUAGACGGCGUUCGAGGGACACUACGCAAGACAGACCUUGGGCGGCUUGGCCUUGGUUUUAGUGGCACUGUCCGUGAGUCCACGUGCGCACUGGAAGACGAUAGGGAGAACAUAUUCGGAUGUAUUGGGGAUGAAGCUACAAGCGUCGAUCUGUCCAUCGGUGUGCUGCUACAGUCUGGCAUGUCAACUGCAUCUAUGCGAAAGGCCGCGAGCUUGGGGAUCGCCGUCGAGAGAUUGUGCUUCAUUCAGUGGGGGCCAGCUUACCUGCUGUGGUCAACCUGGAUUAUUUUAUGCUUGGGCCUGUACAGGCCAGGAUUACUCCAGGUGGAGUCCGCGGCCGACAUAGUAUCGUGGCAAACAGCACAAUGCUUUUAUCCUGUAAUGCAUCUCAUUGUUUACGCGGCGUCUGCCCGGGACCACAAAAGUUUCAUUGUCUAUGUCACGUACAAAUUGUUGAUUUGGUUGGUGGCACUGGAUAUGCUUGUCAACACGUUGGGUCUGACCGCGAUGUAUCAACCCAUUGCCAUUGCGUACAACGUAUUCGGCAUGUUGUCGUUAAUCAUCAGUGCCAUGGGCUUGGGUGGGCUGGUGUCCAUUCCACUGGUUGGACAGCACUGCGCACGCUGGCUGGUCGGUAAAGUUCCGCCCGUUGAGGACAUUCAUGGUGACGCGGUUACAGUGUAG